CCGGGCAGGAGCCCAAGGGCAGCUACGGCGGCGCAGAGGCCGCGGGCGCCGCCUCGGCCAGCCCUACCUGAGCGGUGAGGACCCCGCGGAUGCCGCGGGAAGGUGCCGGAGGAUUCCCCCAAACAGGUUCCACUGCCUUAAGGAUGACAGUCCUAGGGCACCCGCCGAGUUGGAGCUGCCAGUGGCUGCCAUUCCUGAUACUGCUGCUGGGCACAGGCCAUGAGCCAGGGGUGGAAGGUGUGACACACUACAAGGCCGGUGACCCCGUCAUUCUGUAUGUCAACAAAGUGGGACCCUACCACAACCCUCAGGAGACUUACCACUACUAUCAGCUUCCGGUCUGCUGCCCUGAGAAGAUCCGUCACAAAAGCCUUAGCCUGGGUGAAGUGCUGGAUGGGGACCGAAUGGCUGAGUCUUUGUACGAGAUCCGCUUUCGGGAGAAUGUGGAGAAGAGAAUUCUGUGCCACAUGCAGCUCAGUUCUGCACAGGUGGAGCAACUGCGCCAGGCCAUUGAGGAACUGUACUACUUUGAAUUUGUAGUGGACGACUUGCCAAUCCGCGGCUUUGUGGGCUACAUGGAGGAGAGUGGCUUCCUGCCUCACAGCCACAAGAUAGGGCUCUGGACUCAUUUGGAUUUCCACUUAGAAUUCCAUGGAGAUCGAAUUAUAUUUGCCAAUGUCUCGGUGCGGGAUGUCAAGCCCCACAGCUUAGAUGGGUUACGACCUGAUGAGUUCUUAGGCCUCACCCACACCUACAGCGUGCGCUGGUCUGAGACUUCAGUGGAGCGUCGGAGUGACAGGCGCCGUGGUGAUGAUGGUGGUUUCUUUCCCAGGACACUGGAGAUCCAUUGGUUGUCCAUCAUCAAUUCCAUGGUGCUUGUGUUUUUACUGGUGGGUUUUGUGGCUGUCAUUCUCAUGCGUGUGCUUCGAAACGACCUGGCUCGAUACAACUUGGAUGAGGAGACUACGUCUGCAGGUUCUGGUGAUGACUUUGACCAAGGUGACAAUGGCUGGAAGAUUAUCCAUACAGAUGUCUUCCGCUUCCCUCCGUACCGUGGUCUGCUCUGUGCUGUGCUUGGUGUGGGUGCCCAGUUCCUGGCCCUUGGCACUGGCAUUAUUGUCAUGGCACUGCUGGGCAUGUUCAAUGUGCACCGUCACGGGGCCAUUAACUCGGCAGCCAUCUUGUUGUAUGCCCUGACCUGCUGCAUCUCUGGCUACGUGUCCAGCCACUUCUACCGGCAGAUUGGAGGCGAGCGUUGGGUGUGGAACAUCAUUCUCACCACCAGCCUCUUCUCUGUGCCUUUCUUCCUGACGUGGAGUGUGGUGAACUCGGUGCACUGGGCUAAUGGUUCGACACAGGCUCUGCCAGCCACCACCAUCUUGCUGCUUCUGACGGUUUGGCUGCUGGUGGGUUUCCCCCUCACUGUCAUUGGAGGCAUCUUCGGGAAGAAUAAUGCUAGCCCCUUUGACGCACCUUGUCGCACCAAGAACAUCGCCCGGGAAAUCCCACCCCAGCCUUGGUACAAGUCUACGCUCAUCCACAUGACUGUUGGAGGCUUCCUGCCUUUCAGUGCCAUCUCCGUGGAGCUCUACUACAUCUUUGCCACAGUCUGGGGUCGGGAACAGUACACUCUGUACGGCAUCCUCUUCUUUGUCUUCGCCAUCCUGCUGAGCGUGGGGGCGUGCAUCUCCAUUGCGCUCACCUACUUCCAGCUGUCUGGGGAGGAUUACCGCUGGUGGUGGCGCUCUGUGCUGAGUGUUGGCUCCACUGGGCUCUUCAUCUUCCUCUACUCCGUUUUCUACUAUGCCCGGCGCUCCAACAUGUCAGGGGCCGUACAGACAGUAGAGUUUUUUGGCUACUCCUUACUCACAGGUUACGUCUUCUUCCUCAUGCUCGGCACCAUCUCCUUUUUUUCUUCCCUAAAGUUCAUCCGUUAUAUCUAUGUUAACCUCAAGAUGGACUGAGUUUUGGAGGGCAAAACCAUUGCUCUUCUCUCCCAUUCUUCACGUCCAGAGGCCCAUUGAGCUCUCUCAACCAACGUCUCUUCUGAUUUAGUGACUGAAUUGUGAUGGCAUCGCUGCCUUCCCCUUUGCCCUUGGGGCCUCCCUUCCCCGCAGGGCCUGGAAAUUACAAAUCUCUAUUCUAUAAGGAGUAUAUAUUUGAACUUUUUAAGUUGCCUUUAGUUUGGGUCCUGAUUUUCCUUUUUACAAUUAUCAAAAUAAAAUUUAUUAAGAAAAAAGGA